AUGGUUUCUACCCCCACGAUUUCCCGUCAGCGACCGGGAUCUGCCUGCGAGGAAUGCCGACGUCGGAAGGUGCGCUGUGACCGACGUCGCCCGCAGUGUCAGGUCUGUUUCGAGACGGGCAUCGAGUGCAAAAUCAACACCACCCGACUGCCUCGAGGGCCCCGCAAGGGACAAUUACGCACGCUCCGGACGCGAAUUGCUGCUCUGGAACGAUGCCUAGCCGACCAACACCCCGAAAUCAACCAUCAGAUGGCCAGUCUGUUCGACGGGUCGGUCUUGGACUGUGACAGUGAAGAGGAUCCCCUCCGCGAUCUGCCGCCGCUACCCGACCCGCUGCCGGUGAUGCCCGACGCCGCCUCCGAUGACCAGCGCAGCUCCAAAUCCCCACGCUCCCCCGGUUCCCCCAGCCGGCCCCCCGGUCUGGUCUCCGAUCUGAUGCGAGCCGAUCUGGACCAACUCUACUUCGACCGGGUGCACCCGUUCGCCCCCAUCCUGCAGCGCUGGCGGUACCACGUGUGGGCCAAGCAGCCCAAGAAGACCGAGGCCCAGACCUGCCUCCAGUAUGCGAUGUGGACGGUGGCUGCCAGUCUGUCGGCGCAGUUCCAGUCCCUCCGCGACCGGCUCUAUACGGAGACGCGACGCAUGCUGGAUGCCAUGGACCUACAAGGGCUGAAAACGGAGGCGCCGAGCAUCGAGCAGGCGCAGGCGUGGAUCCUGGUCUGUAUCUACGAGUACAUGCAGGUGUCCGCGCUGCAGGCGUGGAUGAGCACGGGACGGUGCUGUCGGCUGGUGCUGGGGAUGCGGCUGUACGAGCUGGACGAUCCGAACAGUCCGGUGACGAUGGCGCGCGAGCAGGAGGCGGUGUUGGUAGAUUGGAUCGGGCUGGAGGAACAGCGCCGGACCUUCUGGAUGGCGUACAGCUUGGAUCGGUUUAUCAGUUUUCACAACGGGCUCCCCUUCACAUUAAAUGAGCAAAUGAUAACCACCCGCCUGCCCUGCCCGGAAGAAGACUUCCAAGCCGGUCAACCCACCCUGACCUCCUAUCUCUCCGAACUCAUGACCCCCUCCCCCUUCCCCCGUCAACAUGGGCCCCCUCACUCGCAUCCCCACUCCCUCCUUCCCCAUUCCAAUCCCCUCAACGAUCCCCUCUCCUCCUUCACCGAACUCAUCCUCCUCGCCACCAUCGUCGGUCGCGCCCUCAGCCACCGCCAAACCCUCGCCGUCGAGCAACUCCACCCCCUCCACAACCACCAAAGCCUGGACAGCUUUUGGGCCCGUCACACCUACCUCCAUGAUCUCCUCACCCACCGCAUUCAAAUCCUAUCCACCUACCCCCAGGUCGACCCGAUGCUUAUGUUCGCCCGCAUCAUCGCCCAAAGCAUGGUGCUCUUCCUGCACAGUGUGCUGGAAACCAUCACCUGGAAAACCGGCGAUCACUUACUGGGCAUCAUUGAAUUUGAGCGGGUCUGUGUCCUGGCCGCACAUGAAGUGGUCGGGUUGGUCAAGGUGCAGAGCAGUUUGGGAUACUUCAAAGUCCAUCCCCUUACCCCGACCCCACUGAUCAUGUGCACCGAGUUCUUCUCCGCGCAUGGCUACCUCGAUACCUCGUUCGAGUUCAUGUUGCAGGAGUUGUUGGAGUCAUUGCAGGAGAUCGAACGGGUGAAGAACCCGGUGCACAGUCCGACCUUGUCGGGGCAAUAA